AUGGCUAAUGAGAAGAAAUGGGAUAUAGAAGUUGUUAGAGAUCUUUUUGAUGAGGCGGAUUCGGAAAAAAUUCUCAAAGUCCCAUUGUUGGAAGAGGUUAGACAGGACAGGUUCAUUUGGAAGGAAGAGCAGGAUGGUACCUAUAGUGUGAAAAAUGGCUACCAUCUUUGGUAUCAAGCAGUUAGAAGUAAUAAGGAGGGAGGAGGGUCGGAGAAUUGGAGCAGUAUUUGGAAUAUCAAGGCGCCACCGAGAGACAUUAAGUCGCUUCUUCUUGAUAUUUGCUCGAAGGAAGACAAGGAAGUUUCAGGCAGACUUGCGGUUAUGAUAGAUGUUAUUUGGAAUAAUAGAAAUGACUAUGUCUGGCAAAAUGAGAAAGACGACGCGACAACCUUGGGAGUCAAAGCGAUCCAGAUAUGGAAUGACUGGUUUCAAGCUCAAGAUAAUUCAACAAACAAUGCUCGAGCACAACAGGCUUUAGUUUGGAGUGCUCCAUCUGUGGGCUGGCUUAAAUGUAAUGUGGAUGCGGCUUUUAAUAACAAUAACGACACUACUAACAGGGGGUGGUGUGUGCGUAACCACCUUGGAAACUUUAUCUACGCAGGUACUUCAUGGGAUCCCGGAAUUCUUCCCGUUUUUGAAGCCGAAGCUUUGGCUCUUAAAGAAGCUAUUCUUGGAGCUAUUUCCUCGCAUUUGGAGUUUGUGACUUUCGAGAGUGAUUCCCAAAUAGUGACACAAGCUAUCCAUUCCAAUAGGAAGGGUAAUUCAGAGUUUUAUCUUAUUAUUGAGUCCAUUCGUAGUUUAUUGUUUCCUUUCCAAACUUUGAGGUGA